AUGUCGUUAAAUUGUUUGGUUUUAGGCGAAACUUCCUUUAAUAAAGCUUUCUCUGUUGACAUUUCCGAAGAAAACCGCGUUGAUUAUAAUAAAUUAAUCAAAUUACAGCAAUUAAAAAUUCCUCACCUCAAAAAGCUUAUCUUGAAGGAAAAAGAUAAUCUUAGUAACGAUCUAAAUCUUUGGAGGGUUGAUAUCAAACGAGAAGAUGGUUGUAAACUUAAAGAUGUUUCUACUGAAGAAGACAUUAAAGAAAAGCUUCGUGGCAACAUGAUGAUUCCAUUAGAUUUUUUUACUGAUUAUUUUGAUCAUCCACCUACAGACAGAAAUGCGAAUCAGAAUUUUAAAAAGUUUGUGACUUCGGGUACUUUUGUUGAUAAAUCACUCUUUAUAAUGGAGUUUAUGAUCUAUGGACAACGGGCCAAUCUGAUUACUCGCCCUCGUCGACAUAAAAAAAUCGUUGUUAGUGAAUUAAAAGUUGCUAGAUUCGAAUGGUUUGCGAAGUUGUUCUACCAACAGUGGCCCGUGAUUCACAUUAGCUUCAAGGAUCUUAACAGUAAAUCCUGGGAACAAAUGCGAAACGAAAUAAAAAAAAGAAUUUCAGAUCUAUACAAAGAACAUCGAUACCUUAUUAGCAUUCUUCCAGAGGAUGAUAAAAAAGAUUUUGUGAAAAUACUCAAUGGAACAACAGAAGAAGAAUAUUUGUCUAAUGCCAUUUCUAGUUUAGCACGUUAUCUUAACGAGUUCUUUGGCAAGAAUUCCAUUAUUCUAAUCGACGAAUACGAUUUGCCUAUGGAAAAUGCAAGAGGAUUUUAUGAUUCAGCUAACGAUUUUUUUAGAGUAAUGUACUCAAGUGUAGCUAAGGAAAAUAGUUACGUGCAUAAGAUCCUACCAAACCGUUCUGGCCGUGCUAUUUUCUCUGAUACAUUUGGAUUUACCGAAGAGGAAAUUAAGUCUUUGCUAGAAAGAAAACAUCAAAAUGAAAAACUUAAUGAGCUACGUCUUUACUAUAAUGGAUACCGAACGAGCACUAAAGUGCACAUUUACAGUCCACAUUCAAUAAUAUCUAGAGAAAAUGAAAUUGAUAAUUAUUGGAUCAAUAGCGGUUCUGCAACCACACUUGUAGAAUACCUAAAAAAGUGUGGGUCAGGAGUCAAAGAUCGGCUCCAUAAUAUUAUCCAUUCCCAUUCCUUCUGUCAGGGUCAAGAUGUGGUUGAGUCUGUAGGUCAAGAUGAGUCUAUAGUAGGUCUAGAUGUGGAAUUAAUGCCAUAUCUCCGAUACAAUGACCUUGAUACGAAGCCAGAGAUAAACGCAUUAUGUACUUUAUUAUACUAUAGUGGUUACUUGACUAUGGUUCAGGAUCUUUGA